AGCACUCAGCUCCCCCUGACUGCACCAGAGUACCUUUGCUGAUCUGAUCCCGCCCCUACACAGGGGAGAGAGUUCACGGGCUCACUAGAGCCCAUCGCCAGUGGACUGUUCCGAGCUGCAGCCCACCCCUCUCUCUCUGCAGUAUGCAUGUUCGCCAGGGAGUCCGCGAAGCCCUCACGUCCCAGCUCUGCACUGCUUCACCGGCCGGCCACCACCACCACCACCAGCAGCAGCAGCAGCAGCAGCAGCAGCAGCAGCAGCAGCAGCAGCAGCUCAGCCAGGGCGGACGGUAAUAAGACGUGGAUGCGGCGGCAGAAAGGCGGAGAUCCCCGGAGUGAGCGCAGGAACAAGCGGACUUCCCAACAGGACUUCCAGGCUGCCCGGGUCUCUCUCCUCUGAAUUUAGACAACAUGCAUGUGCUCCUCUGGGGCUUGGGGUUCCUGCUAUUCCCUGAUCUCUUGAAUGUAGUCGCAUCCACAGGGAGAUUGCUCCGGAGUUCAAGCACAGCACCAGAGGAGCUGGCCGCGUAUGAGAUUGUAACUCCGGUGCGAGUGAAUGAAGCCGGUGGCAGGCUUCCAGCCGGCGUGCACUUCAAGAGGAAGAGACGGAGUUUGGACGAGGGCACCGGGAGCGCCCCGGAUCACUGGGCCGCGGCAAACAUCCACUACAGGAUAUCUGCUUUCGGGAAGAACUAUCACCUCAACCUUACGCUGGAUUCGGGGUUUAUUGCGCCCGUUUACACUGUGACGAUCCUCGGAGCGCCCCAAGGAGAUAACGGGACCGCUUUUGCAACAGAUGCAGAAAGGGAGGAGGAGGAGGAGGAAGAAGAGGAGGAGGAAGAGGAGGAGGACACGGAGUUAAGGCACUGCUUCUAUAGAGGACAUGUGAAUGCACAUGCACAACACGCCGCAGUCAUCAGUCUGUGCGCCGGCCUGUUUGGCACUUUCAGGUCUCCUGAGGGGGAGUAUUUUGUGGAGCCCCUGCACAGCUAUCAAGGGGAGCACUAUGAAGAGGAACACACAAAACCUCAUAUCGUGUACAGGAAACUGUCAUCCGGGAAUCACACAUCCGAAGAGACCUCAGCUUGUGACACUUCAGUCUUAGGACACAAACACAGCCACAAGAGGCAGAGGGCGAGGAGAAGGCCGGCCCCCGUUGCCGGCAGCGCUUCCCCUCUGGUCGGCGCUGGCAUGCUCGACGACCUGGGGUCGCUGAGCGCCAGCCUGACCGGUAGCGCUUGGCUCACAUCAGAGCGCGGCGUUGCUGGCAGCAGACCGUCAAAUGAUAGCGGUGGUGACUCAGGACCUCACAGGAGAUCAAAGCGCUUCCUCUCCUACCCGCGUUUUGUUGAAGUCAUGCUGGUCGCCGACAGCAAAAUGGUGGAGCAUCACGGCAGCAACCUGCAGCACUACAUACUCACACUGAUGUCUAUAGUCUCCUCCAUCUAUAAGGACCCAAGCAUCGGCAACCUGAUCAAUAUUGUGAUCGUCAAGUUAGUGAUAAUCAACAACGAGUUGGACGGCCCGGCUAUUUCGUUUAACGCACAGACCACUUUAAAGAACUUCUGCAUCUGGCAGCAGAACCAGAACGUCCCGGACGAUAACCACCCCUCCCAUCACGACACCGCCAUCCUUAUCACCAGGCAGGACAUCUGCAGAGCGAGGGAUAAGUGUGACACAUUAGGGCUCGCCGAGCUGGGGACGGUGUGUGAUCCGUACCGGAGCUGCAGCAUCAGUGAGGACAACGGGCUCAGCACUGCCUUCACCAUCGCCCAUGAACUGGGCCAUGUGUUUAACAUGCCUCAUGAUGACAGCAACAAGUGCAGGGAGGAUGGAGUGAAGUCACAGCAGCAUGUCAUGGCUCCCACGCUCAACUACAACACAAACCCUUGGAUGUGGUCCAAGUGUAGCAGGAAAUACAUCACAGAGUUCCUUGACACAGGAUAUGGUGAGUGCUUGCUCGACGAGCCCGUUUCUGGGCCGUACAGUCUGUCGCAGCAGCUGCCCGGGCGGAUAUACAGUGUCAAUAGACAGUGCGAAUUGAUAUUCGGGGCGGGAACGCAGGUGUGCCCUUACAUGACUCAGUGUCGGAGGUUGUGGUGCACGAGUCCAGAGGGCGCCCAGCGCGGCUGCAGGACCCAGCACAUGCCCUGGGCUGACGGCACCGACUGUGCACCUGGAAGGCAUUGCAAACACGGCCUGUGCAUUCCCAACGAGGACGACGCCUCGCCUGUGGACGGAGCGUGGGGGGUUUGGAGUCCGUUCGGUACGUGCAGCCGGACAUGCGGCGGCGGCAUAAAGAUUGCAAUGCGCGAAUGCAACCGACCAGUGCCCCGGAGCGGAGGAAUGUAUUGCGUUGGUCGGCGGAUGAAGUUCCGUUCUUGCAACUCUGAGCCUUGCUCCAAGCAAAAGAAGGACUUCAGGGAGGAACAGUGUGCUGUUUUCGAUGGAAAGCACUUCAACAUCAACGGUCUACCUCCUAACGUCCGCUGGGUUCCCAAAUACAGCGGAAUUCUGAUGAAGGACAGAUGUAAGCUGUUCUGCAGGGUGGCGGGCAGCACUGCCUACUAUCAGCUCAGGGACAGGGUCAUCGAUGGCACGCCAUGCGGACCCGAUACCAACGACAUCUGCGUCCAGGGCCUGUGCAGGCAAGCGGGUUGUGAUCACGUCCUGAACUCCAAAGCCAGGAGAGAUAAGUGUGGCGUCUGCGGAGGUGACAACUCCUCCUGCAAAACUGUAGCAGGAUCGUUCAACACUGUACGCUACGGCUAUAAUGAAGUGGUGCGAAUACCCAGUGGUGCUACAAACAUAGAUGUGCGACAACACAGCUACUCAGGGAAGCCGGAGGACGACAACUACCUCGCAAUAUCAAACAGCCGCGGAGAGUUCGUGCUCAACGGAGACUUUGUGGUGAGCAUGUUCAAAAGGGAAAUCAAAGUGGGAGACGCCGUCAUCGAGUACAGUGGCUCCGACCACGUCAUCGAGAGGAUCAACUGCACUGACCGCAUCGACGAGGAGAUCAUUGUCCAGGUUCUCUCUGUUGGAAACCUUUACAACCCAGAUGUCAGUUACUCCUUUAAUAUCCCCAUAGAGGAUAAGCCUCAGCAGUUCUUCUGGGACGCUUACGGGCCCUUGCAGGAGUGCAGCCGCCUGUGCCAAGGAGAGCGCAAGCGUAAGAUUCUCUGCAGCCGAGAGUCGGACAGGGUGGUGGUGUCGGACCAGCGGUGCCACAGUUCAGCUCGGCCCGCUGCCGUCACUGAGCCCUGCAACACUGAAUGUGAAGUGAGAUGGCACGUGGCUCGUAAGAGCGAGUGCACAGCCCAGUGCGGCGUUGGAUAUCGCACUCUGGAACUAUACUGCGCCAAAAUCAGCCAGUCGGAUGGCAAGACCCAGAAAGUCGACGACAGGUACUGCAGCGGGCAACGCAAACCUGACGACAGGGAAGGCUGCCAUGGAGAUUGUAACCCUGGUGGUGGCUGGGAUUACUCACCCUGGUCAGAGUGCUCAAAGAGCUGCGGCGGGGGCACGAGGCGUCGGGGCGCAGUGUGUCGAAAGUCAUCCAGCGACGACGACGAGAGCAAUUGCAGUCAGAGGGACAAACUGACCGUCCAACCCUGCAAUGAGUUCCUCUGUCCACAGUGGAAGACUGGUGACUGGUCUGAGUGCCUUGUCACAUGUGGGAAAGGCUACAGGCACCGACAGACAUGGUGCCAGUUUGGUGAGGACCGCCUGGAUGACCGCUUCUGUGGCACAGCCAAACCCGAGUCGGUGCAGGCGUGCCAGCAGCAGGAGUGCGCCUCUUGGCAAGUUGGACCGUGGGGACAGUGCACUACCUCUUGCGGGCCAGGCUACCAGAUGCGAGCGGUGAAGUGUGUGGUGGGCUCCUACGGGGCUGUCAUGAACGACGCUGAAUGUAAUGCUGCCGCGCGACCCACUAAUACGCAGGACUGUGAAGUGGCCCAGUGUUCCAGCAGCCACCCUGUCUCCCCGGUAACCAAAGUCCCGUCUCACCAAGGACACAGGACCCAGUGGAGGUUUGGUUCCUGGACUCAGUGUAGCGCCAGCUGUGGCAAAGGCACGCGCAUGCGCUACGUGAGUUGCCGCGACAACCAGGGUGGCGUGGCAGAAGAGUCGGCGUGCGCGCACCUGACAAAACCGCCUGCCAGGGAAGUGUGCUCGGUUGUAGCCUGUGGACAGUGGAAAGUGCUGGAAUGGACAGCGUGCUCUGUGACGUGCGGCCAAGGGAAGACGACACGAGAGGUGUUGUGCGUCAGCUUCAGUGACCAAGAGGUGAAUGCGAACGAGUGCGAUCCAGACGAUCGUCCAGCCACAGAGCAGGACUGCGCCAUGUCUCAGUGCCCGUCCCGUCCCAGCGAGUCCCUACCUUUGCCGUCCUCACCGAACACCAUUACCAGGAGCAACGUGGCCCGCAGCCACUCCCACCAGUGGCGGACUGGACCGUGGGGAGCGUGCUCCAGCACUUGUGCCGGAGGCUUCCAACGGCGAGUCGUUGUGUGCCAGGAUGAGAACGGUUACCCUGCCAACAGCUGCGAGGACCGCAACCGACCCACCGAGCAACGAUCCUGUGAGUCAGGCCCGUGUCCCCAAUGGGUCUACGGGAACUGGGGCGAGUGCACUAAACCUUGUGGCGGUGGGAUAAAAACGAGGCUGGUGGUGUGCCAGCGUCCCAACGGAGAACGCUUCAAUGAUCUGAGCUGUGAGAUCCAUGACAAGCCACCAGAUCGGGAGCAGUGCAAUACUCAGCCGUGUCCUUCUAGUCCUCACUGGAGCACAGACCCAUGGAGCUCGUGCUCGGCCUCCUGUGGAAGAGGUGUGAAAACCCGGGAGGUGAGCUGCGUGACCGGGUCCGGCCGCUCCAUCCCGGAUGAAAACUGCCGUCACUCGUCCCCCAAACCCAGCAAACGGAGGCGAUGCCGAGGCGGGAAGUGCCCCAAGUGGAAGACUGGCGGCUGGGGAGAGUGUUCAGCCUCAUGCGGUGACGGAGUUCAGCGGAGGGAGGUUUUCUGUCAGGUUGGAGACCGCCGUAGCCCCGCGGAGACCGGCUGUGCCCAGCGCUCUCGUCCGCCGUCCAGCCAGAGCUGCCGCGUCGCAGACUGUCCCGCUCGCUACCGCUGGAGAGAAGGGGACUGGCAGGCGUGCAGUAAGUCCUGCGGAUCAGGUCAUCGAAGGAGAGCAUUGCAGUGUGUUGAUUACAACCAUAAUGAGGUCCAUGAAAUGUAUUGCGUGAACCAGAUCAGACCGCCGGACAUAGAGAGCUGCAACACACAGGCUUGUGAGCUAAUCUGGAUCACUGGGGAGUGGACAGAGUGCUCGAUGAGCUGUGGUCAGGGCUACCGUCAGCGUCUUGUCUCCUGCAGCGAGGUGAACGUGGAAAACGACAACUACGAGUACGGCCAUCAGUCUUUGUCCAAUUGCCCUGGAACCCCCCCAGAGGGCUACAUGCCCUGUAAUCUGGGCACAUGUCCACCUCCACAGGAGUGGAGGGCUGGAGUCUGGGGACCGUGCUCGGUAAGCUGUGGGGACGGUGUGGCAGAGCGGACAGUGCAGUGUGUGUCGGCAGACGGACGAGAAAGCAACAGGUGUUCUCCAAACGAAGAGCCUGACAGCAGAAAAGUCUGCAGUAAUCCAAGCUGCAAUUUGCCUUUGAGCUGUCUUGACAUCCAGAGCACAAGCGGCCCCAUUCCAGACAGCGAACACUUUCUCAGUGUUCAAGGAAAAGCUCUCAAGGUCUAUUGCGCAGGAAUGCAGACGGAGACUCCACAGGAGUACAUCACCUUGACAACUGGAGAGGAGGAGAAUUUUUCUGAGAUCUUUGGCUUCAGGCUCAACGACCCUACUCAGUGUCCUGCCAACGGCUCCAGAAGAGAAGACUGCGACUGCCGAAGGGAUUACACCGCCGCAGGCAUGACCACCUUCUCUAAAGUGCGCCUGGACCUGAGACAGAUGGACGUCAUCACUUCAGAUUGGCGGUUUGCUUUCACUCGUGACGGCAAGAGUCCUGUCCCGUUUGCCACAGCCGGAGACUGCUACAGUCUGGCCAACUGUCCACAGGGACGGUUUAGAAUCAACUUGUCAGGAACAGGUUUCAAGGUGGCUGAGGAAAUCACCUGGAUCUCCCAGGGAAACUAUGCGGUGACUCGUAUCCAGAAAUCGCAGGAUGGCAGCAGAGUGACAGGGGUCUGCGGAGGGUACUGUGGAAAAUGUUCGCCGUCCUCUGGUGACGCUCUGCCUGUCACAGUUGAAUAGAUCUGCAGCAACAAAACAGUGCUGUGUAUUCUUCUUCUUGUGCUCAAUUUCCCUCCUCAUCAAUGGUGCUACGCCCAAUUUGGAGCUCAAACUCAUCCAUCACCUCUCUGACUCAUUGUGUGUGUAUAUAGUGUAAAUUAUUCCACUGUAAGUACUGUAAAUAGACCGAUCAAAUCUAUUAUUUAUUCUACUUGCCAUUUAUUUUUGUAUUGUAAAAUAAUUUAAAGGUUUUGUUACCAAAAGCGUGGGCUAAAUAUGCUAGUAUUAAUGCAGUUUAUGUCAGAUUUGCCUUCCACAUUUUAUCAUUAAUGUUUAACUUCAAAGUUCCUAUGCAGUGCAGCCAUAUAUGUGUAUGCGUGUGUGAGUGUGUGUUUGUUUCUCUCCAAUAAGUCCAGUAAUCGCGUUGUGAAAUGUUCUCAUGCAGUCUUCUUUUGAAAAACCUCAAGCAGCAGCAGCGGCAUUUAUACGUUCAAGCAUUAUGUAACGGCUGUUAGCUGCUGGACCUUUAAGAGGUCGUCCUGCGGUAAGUCGAUCCGACUCUGUGCGCUUCUGCUUCCACUUACUGAGCCACUGAACUCCUUCGCGACCUCCACGCUUAAAUUCCUCUCCCAUACAUACACGAUCCAGCUAAAUUUUCCUUGGAUCUGCUGCAUUUGAGGCUGAUCCGAUUUGAAGCCGGUUGUCUGAACUCAACUGGACUGCGUGGGAAUCCUCUGGCUUUCAUUCGCUCGGAUGGGAAAGAGGAGGAGCUUGGAGGUUGUUUAAGUAAGUGGAGAUCGUCGGGUUCAGGUGCUGUGAAAAUGUUUCUACUAUGCAGCUGCGGAGCUCUGGCAGUUUGGCUUCUACAGAUUCUCUACGUCUUAGGAACAAAGUUGCCCGGGUGGUAAAAAAUUUGAGAUGUACCGUUGCUUUGCGGAAAAAUUAAAUUCACACUCCUAGGAACUUUUCAUAUUUGGCCAGGUUACAACCAGAACCUCUUAUUAGGAUUUUAAUGCAAUGCUAACAAAAAGAGUAAAGUGGAUUUUUUUUUUUUUCAAUAAAAAUAAAAGGAUAGAGAAAAGCCUUUGGUGGUGCGUUCAAGGUGUUAGCUUUAUAUCUUCUCCUUCAAAAUUGGCCACAACCUGAACUCCAGAUGACCUGUAUUAUUUUAUUUAGUGGCAUCAAAAUAAAUAGGAGCUGCUACUUUUAAGGUUGUGGUUGUAAUUUGGUACAGCUCAAGGGUCUGGAUGUUUUUGCAGGGCUUUGUAAUUCUGCUUAGUUGUGUAAAAAGGCACAUGACAGGAUUCUGAUUGAAGAGUUUAAGACGCCACGCAUCAAAGGAAGCUAAAGUCCUCUGGUCCAGCAUGCAGUAACCAGAAAAGAGCUGUUAGUCUUGUUAGUUGGGCGUCUUCUCUCUAUUUUCUUGGUAGGAUAAGAGGAAAAAGACUUCACCUCCAGCCAAAUAAGAUUCCAAAAAUACUGGAGAUGUAAUGAAGAUGUGGGGGUUGUUUGACCCUAGAAACAAGUCAGUCUGUCCAAAGUGCUGCUCAUGCGUCCUGUAACUCACGUUCUUUUCUAUAUCUGAGUCUGUCCAAACUACACAUCGUCUCCUGGCCUUCUGCUUUGUCGUUUUAUAUGAAGAUAUCAGGGUACUUUAUACUUUGCGCAGUUUUAUUUUAUUAAAAUUUUUUAUUUUUUUUGCUCCUCUCUAGCCACUGUUACACGCUACUGUGACCCGAUCUGCUAAAAAAUAUUAGAAAGUCCAGAAGGAAAUGUGUGGAUUAUACAUAACUGACUUUAAGAAAAAGAAAAGAAAAGAAGCCAUUUUUUGUUACUGUUGUGAGCCGUUGUGCAUGCGUGGGUGUGUGUGGUGCUAUCUCGGUGUCCUAUGUGCGCAGCCUUCAGCCAAACGAAAUUCAUUAGUCUUAAUCUAAUCUACGACUUAGCUAGUAUUUAAAGACACGGGGAUGAAAACAGCCUGUGUCUUACUGAAGGCCAUGACUGACAAAUGCACUUCUGGUUGUCAGAACGUUGUCCAAUCAGGUUCUCAGGUGUCAUGAUGAAGGGAUUAUUUUUAUUUAAAUGUGUCCUUUUUUUAUUUUAUUUUAUUUUAUUUUUUUUAGAUUUCUUACAUUUAACUCUUGUUUACCAGGUAACGCAACACGUAUCAUUUCUUUUACUAUUGUAAAAUGCCCUUAUAUGUAUAAUUUUUGUUUUAUAUGCAAGUAUUUAUUGUACCUAUGUAUGUGAUUGUACAUAAGAUCGUGGCUAUGAAUGAUUACAGACGAGUGUUGCCAUAGAAUGAACAAUCUUGCAGUAUUAUUGUUAUUAUUAUUAUUAUUAUUAUUAUUGUAUAUUUUUUUUCUUUGGUUGUCAUUUAUAUUUCAGACCUUUUGGCAUAAAAAUGUAUGAGCAGUAUUUGCUUGUGUUAUGUUAAAAUAGUGAUUUAUGUAUGAAACACAGACGGAGCGAUGAUUGGAUUGUAAUAAAAAUGCUCGACAUGCGUCACGGUUCUCUGUCUGAUCCGCUCACUAACGCAUCAUUUCCACAGCAGUUGGUCCCGGUGCGGUAAAAAAAGAAAAGAAAUAUAUCACGAGAAGAUGACGGUCUGCAUAAUGGUUGCACAGUAAAAAUUCUCCCUGCAUAAUGCAUCCAGGUAAUUAUGAUUACGCAGUUUAAAUCUUCUGAAUAGUCACUCAUGGCUUGAUAAACGGGUUAUGCAGAACUAAUUUGGUUCUGUUAUGGCAGUAAAUUACAAGGUUAAUGAUUGUAAGGAAAUAUUUUUUUUCCCCUGAAGAGACACUAGAUUGGUGGGACAUAAUGUCAACUAGGAGGCUGCGUGGUGGAGCAGUUGUUAGUCGUGUUGCCCGGCUGCAAAAAGGUCGGCGGUUUGAAUCCCUCCCAGAGAUUUGAGUUUGCGUGUUCUUGCUGUGUGCUUGGGCGUCCUCCCAAAGUCCAAAAACAUGCAUGUUGGGUUUACUAGUCUCUAAUUUGGUUUAGAGAAAUCUUAUCUUCUGACUAAACUGAUUACAUUUUGAGACACCCUCCCUUCAUUUCCGUUAAUAUUUCUCAUCCAAAAAG